GCAUCCAUCUCGUUGACAGACGCCACAAUUUCAAUCAAACCCGGAGAUGAGUUUCGCUCAACCAUGACUGGCAGUUGUCAUCAAAAUCUGACUUCUUCACCCUCCCACCAACACGACAGGGCAAACAACAAGUCCCAAGUUGCUGGUAGAGGGGAGCAAGGGGAACAAGAUCAAAACUCCGACCGUCUUCCACGAUCUCCAUCGCUUUCCAAAUCGUUGGCAAAUUCAAAAGUCGAAAACCAGCACUUGGAAAAGACCCAAACACUCCCCGUUCUUAAACCCAAUCAACCUUACUUGAAUCCCAUUGAGACAAUUCCUGGAUUACCAACCGGUCGAUCGAUUCGGCCAUCUGGUUCUUCUGGGGAAUCAGAGCGACCUGUCAGUGGAUCUUCAGAUCAGUUUUCUACCUCUCAGUACUUCCCUCUUCCCACUACCGUUUCUACCCCACCAAAACCGCAAUCAGCAAAGAAGACUCGCAUUUCGGCUGGAAAGGCACUCAAAAACAGUUUUUCGAAAUUCACCAAACCAUUUGGUCGACGGUCAGAUGUCACAACUUCAGCCUCACCGUUGAAAAUGACAAAGUCAAUUAGCGAUGAACAUAUCCCCACCACUGCCUAUGCCAAUAGGGCCGAAGCUUCCAAUCUCCCUAAGGUUCCUUCUGUGAUGAAUGCCCGAGCACUUAGUCCAUCAAUCGGUCCCUCCAAGUCCAAGAAGCCGAACAAACACGGCAAUGGUGUCCCUGAAUAUCAGUUUGUAACUCCUGUCUGGUUGUUGAGGGUCUUUAAAAAUUGCCCCAGUUUCAUCACAUCCGACGUUUUUCCUGCUUUUUUUCAGGAUCCCUUCAAGAAAAAGAAUCGCGCAGGCUCCAUUUCCUCACGUCCGUCUUACCAACACCUCUUCCAACAAGGCCAGCAUCAACAGCAAACCCCUCGCCGUGACUCAGCAGCCACUUCGGGGGCAGGUAGCGAAGCUCACGCUUCCUCAUCCUCCCCUCACGUUCCCCUCCAACCCAAUUCCGGGAAUGCGAAUCCCCCAUCUGGCACUGGAGUCGGUGCCAUGCCCUUUGCGAACAUUAUUGAUGUUCUAUAUGGCAUAAACAUGCCAACUACCUCCUCAGGCCAUGGUGGUAGUACUCUAUUCCCCUUGCCUCGAAGUGUCACAGUCGGUGGGACCCACCCAGCUACCCAUUCAUGCGGUGGCUCAACACAAUCGGGGGGCGAUGCUCGUGGAAGUCUUAAUGGAGGUGGUGGGGUGGUGACCUCUGCAGGUGGAGGCCAAUUGCAGCAACAGGGGAUCAUUGGUGGACCCACACCACCUGUGUACAAUGUUGCCAUGGCACUAGCACUGAUGUGCCAACGCACACAGUCCUUGAUGGAUGCGCAAGCGGAAGCCCAACUGAAAAUGACCGCAGAGAUCAAAGAGGAGUUGAUUGGUUUGAGGUCGGAUCUUACCGAGACGAGGAAUAUUGUGAAUACACUUACGGUGGAAGUGGAUGCUUUGAGGCGCGACAUGCAAACCAAGGAGGAAGUGGCCAAUCAGAAACUCGGUGACACAGUGGCCAAGCUUGAACAACUGGACGCCUCGGCAGAGAAGCUCCGACAGAAUGUUCAACAGGAUCUCAUCACUAUUCGAAAUGAGCAGAAACACGCUCUAGAGCCUCUUAAGUAUCAACUCGCUACUGAAACCCGGGAUUUGCGCGACAUGUUCACCACACUUAGCAACAAGGUGGCCAUGCUAGAGAAGUGUGAACGGCUGUCAAAUCUUGAUCGGGAUCAACCACGGUUGCUUCAAUCGAUCGCCAACACCAUGAUUGAUCUUUUCGUCUCUCUCUUGGUCUUCAUUACAACCUUAGUUCAAAUGCUUAUUCGUUUCCUUAAUGCUGGUGCCACGGUUACCAAUAAUCGGUAUGUUUUGCUAAAUUUUAUGCUUAUGCAACUGACAUUAGUAAUCCUUUACACUUCCAAACCUCUUCGUCUUUGUCAAAACUGGUUCGGAACAUCGUUUAAAGGCGUGCUGAACGUCUGUAUCAUGAUCCUCUUGCUCUUUCUUUUUCUUCCCGAUUCAAUCGCCCGUUGGUGGGGCCGAGCAGAUGGAAAUGACCUCAAUCAAUAUCCUUACUCACCGCCCUCCCUUCCUCCACGAUGA